CGCUAAAAAUAGCGCAGCGUAGCGUCAAGGUAAAAGGUCAAUUGAUGUCAAAGACCGACCAUGGCACCUGUCAAGACAAAGUUUUCGGAAGGUGAAAGAGUUCUCUGCUUCCAUGGACCUCUACUAUAUGAAGCCAAGUGCGUCAAAUCGGAGGUCAAGGAUAAAAUGAUCAGAUAUUUCAUCCACUACAAUGGUUGGAAUAAAAAUUGGGAUGAAUGGGUUCCUGAGAGCAGAGCGCUCAAGUUUAAUGAGGCCAAUCUGCAGAAGCAGAAGGAGUUAUUUGCAGCUCAGAAAGCAAAGCAAAAGAGAGCUCGUAGUCAGAAGAAACCUGAUAAAGAAGUGUCAUCAAAGGCUCAAUCAUCAACACCAUCAGCCUCAGAAAAAACCACAUUAAAGAGAGGAGCAAAGGCUUCAUCUGAACCAGCAUCAACCCCUUCUUCUGCAGCAGCCUCCCCCCAACCACCCCCAGAAGAGCCUACUCCAGUGGCUGCUACCCCUGCCCCUGCUCCUCAAGCUGAUUCACUGAGGAAGAAGAGAUCACGCCCAGAUAAUACAGUUGAAACGGAGGAAUCAUUUGUGAGCAAAGUAGACAUCAAAGUCAAAGUUCCUGAGGAGCUAAAACCCAUCUUAGUAGAUGACUGGGAUGCCGUAACGAGACAAAAGAUGUUGCUGCAUCUUCCUGCCAGGACUACAGUGGAGCAGAUAUUAGAGGAAUACAUGAAACAAAAGAAAAAUAAGAAAGACAUGACUCCAGCCAAAGAGAGCACUAUUGCUGAAAUUUGCCAAGGGUUGAAAGAAUACUUCAAUGUUAUGUUAGGGACGCAAUUACUCUACAAAUUUGAAAGACCUCAGUUUGCAGAUAUCUUAGCAGCUCACCCCGAUGAACCGAUGUCCAGGAUAUAUGGUGCCGUUCAUUUACUCAGACUCUUUGUGAAACUUGGUGGAAUGCUUGCGUUUACACCUGUUGAUGAGAAGAGUAUGCAACUCCUCCUGACUCACGUCCAUGAUUUCCUGACUUAUCUCAAGAAGAACUCGACAUCUCUCUUCAAACCCAGCGACUACGAGGCUGCCCCUCCGGAAUAUCAUCGGAAAGCUCUGUAGCAACGUCAGCUGUAUUUCUGUGCUAUUUUUAUUCUCAUUGCCAAUGUAAUGCUUGGAUUAUGGAGCGUUGUGGCCCAGUGGAUUAGUCUCCGGACUUUGAAACAGAGGGUCGUGGGUUCAAAUCCCAGCCAUUGCGUAGUUUCCUUCAGCAAGAAAUUUAUCCACAUUGUGCCGCACUCAACCCAGGUGAGGUGAAUGGGUACCUGGCAGGAAUUUAUUCCUUGAAACGCCCCAGCGCUGUAAAAGGCUGCGGGGCUAAAGCCAGGGUAAUAAUAUCCAAGUCCUUUGGAAGCGCAUAGAGACGUUAUUUAUAAUGUGUUAUGCGCUAUACAAGAACUGUCUGUUAUUAUUAUUAUUAUGAUGAUGAUGUGGGUGUUUCAUGUGGUAGUUUAAAAAGCUGAAGUUAGCAAUGGUAAUUGAUGUACAGAUUCCAGUGUAAAUACACCUGAGCUUGCAUGCACAGCUGGAGGAAGCUUGAUGGCUCUAUUGUUGGAGUGGUGGUCUAGCAGUCUGGCAAAACCAAGUUUGUGCCGUAAUAUCCUCGCUGCGGAAGGGCAAUUCCAUAAAAUAUGUACAUCCAACCCUCUAUGUGUGGGACCUCCAUGAAACUUUCUGUCUCUGAUUUCUGGUUCGUUUGACAGUCUGUAAUGCUGUCAAAUGACCAUGACUUGGUCAGUUUAUUAAGGGAAGUAAAACUUGAGAAAAAUGGGGGUCGGACGUACAAAAAGGUUGAUCAUUUCAUGGCAUUGCCCUGAAGCAUUUACCCUCAUUACCAGGUGGGUGUUUCGUAAAGCUGUUUGUAACUAACAAGUGACUUACAAACGACUGGUGACUCUUUCUUAGGAAACAAUCUGCACUAAUGAAAAUCUGGUGUGUGUUAUUUAUCACCAGUCGUUCGUAAAGUUGUUCGUAACUUUAUGAAACACCCACCUGGUAAAUAAGAAAAGACAUUUAGCCAUCCCUCCUCUGGUUGUUUCCAUAAAUGUAAAGAGAAAAAAAACACAGUAUUCAUGCUUUCUUAGCAGUCAGUCAGGUACAGAAGAAAAUACCACCAAUCCAAAAAGUUUUCAUACAUUUUCAUUGCUAACUUCAGUUCAUAGAAAACUACAGCAAGGAGAAAGAUUAAGAGUCUGAGUGGAUGAGUGAUAUGACAAAACAUCAGGGGAUAGAUCUACCUGUUCUUAUGGUCAGUGAUCUAUGAAAAAGGGGAUGAAAUUAAUUUGCUAAGAAUAUACAUAUAGGUGGGAUUCAACUGUUUUUGUCUCGCCUGCAUAGCAGAGCGAGACUAUAGGCGCCGCUUUUCCGACGGCGACGGCGGCGGCGGCGGCGUCAACAUCAAAUCUUAACCUAAGGUUAAGUUUUUGAAAUGACAUCAUAACUUAGAAAGUAUAUGGACCUAGUUCAUGAAACUUGGACAUAAGGUUAAUCAAGUAUUACUGAACAUCCUGCCUGAGUUUCAGGUCACAUGACCAAGGUCAAAGGUCAUUUAGGGUCAAUGAACUUAGACCAUGUUGGGAAAAUUAUUUUCAAAAUCUUAACCGAAGGUUAAGUUUUUGAAGUGACAUCAUAACUUAAAAAGUAUAUGGACCUAGUUCAUGAAACUUGGGCAUAAGGUUAAUCAAGUAUUAGUGAACAUCCUGCUCGAGUUUCAGGUCACGUGACCAAGGUCAAAGGUCAUUUAGGGUCAAUGAACUUUGGUCAAGUUGGGGGUAUUUGUUGAAUUACUAUCAUAACUUUGAAAAUAUAUGGAUCUAGUCCAUGGAACUUGGACAUAAGGUUAAUCAAGUAUUAGUGAACAUCCUGCUUGAGUUUCAGGUCACAUGACUAAGGUCAAAGGUCAUUUAGGGUCAAUGAACUUUGGCCAAGUUGGGGGUAUUUGUUGAAUUACCAUCAUAACUUUGAAAAUUUAUGGAUCUAGUUUAUGAAACUUAGACAUUAGGUUAAUCAAGUACCACUGAAUAUCCUGUGUGAGUUUCAGGUCACAUGACCAUGGUCAAUGGUCAUUUAAGGUCAAUGAACUUUGGCCGUGUUGGGGGUAUUUGUUAAAUUACCAUCCUAACUCUGAAAGUUUAUGGAUCUAGUUCAUAAAACUUGGACAUAAGAGUAAUCAAGUAUCACUGAACAUCCUGUACGAGUUUCAGGUCACAUGACCAUGGUCAAAGGUCAUUAAAGGUCAAUGAACUUUGGCCGUGUUGGAGGAAUUUGUUGAAUUACCAUCCUAACUCUGAAAGUUUAUGGAUCUAGUUCAUAAAACUUGGGAUAUAAGAGUAAUCAAGCAUCACUGAACAUCCCCUGUGAGUUUCAGGUCACAAAACCAAGUCAAAGGUCAGUUAAGGUCAAUAAACUUAGGCCAUGUUGGGGUAAUUGUCGAAGUGCCAUCAUAACUUUGAAAGUUUAUGGAUAGAGUGAAUGAAAUGUGGACAUGGAUGUAGUUGACAGUCUUAAGUCUCCGUUCAAAUGUCAUUUAUGGUCAAUGAACAUGGUAUUAUGUCAUUAUAUGAAUGUUUUUGUGAAUGAUUAUUUUAUAGUAGUUUUCAAAGUUAGCACUGCUGCUAUAUUAAAUUGCGUAAUGCAGGCGAGACUGCCAGAGGCGUUCCACUUGUGUAAGUUAGUAAAUGGUUCUGAAAUGAAAAUCCCUUAAAUAGAUAAAAUAUCCAGUACACAAUUUCAAUUUUUCCUCAUGAUUCUCAGAAGAGUAUUGAUUGAAGACUCCUGUUAAUUCAAGAACCACCAUUCAUAAUGUUUAACUUUAAUGAAUUGAUGUCGUUUUUAAGAAGUGGUCUCCUUAAAGGUCAAGUCCACCCCAGCAAAAAGUUCAAUCGAGUAAAAAGAUAAAAAUCCAACUAAUAUAAUGCUAAAGAUUUCAUCAAAAUCAGAUGGAAAAUAAAAAGUUAUGACAUAUUAAAAUUACACUUAAUUUCACAAAACAGCUAUAUGCACAUCCUUGUCGGUAUGCCAAUGAGGGGACUGAUGACAUCACUCACUAUUUCUUUUGUAUUUCAUAAUGUGAAAUAUGAAAUAUUAAAGUUUUAUUCCUCCCUGACCAUGUGGAACUACCAUUGCUUCAACAUUUUUUGCUUCAGUCAAGUUGGUCAUUAUUAUCAAAUCUGUAAAAAUUGAAAUAUUGUAUAAUCC